CGUGGUCCUUCCCGGCGUUACCCUGAUACCGAUGACUUGCAGUAUGUCUUUCUGACACAUCUCGAGCAGCGCCGCCAGGAACGUCUCGAGGCUGACUUUGCGGCUUUCCAGCACGGAUACCGCCGCUGCCGGCAGGUCGCUUGGAGGUUGGGUAACGGGAGCGUUCAAUGUUGGAUAAUCGAUUUUGGGCCAAGCUCGUUCCUUGAGUUUCAG